GGAAACCACCUAAAGUCAGUUUACUGCUAACAAGAAAAACAAUUUGUAUAAAUAAAUAUAGAAAUAUUUCUUAAAUCAAUAAGAAAAGGUGUUGGCUUAUUAGUAAAACAAGAAAAUAAUGGCCAAAGUAAGAAUACCAAAACAAAAGGUUAUACUGUGCGGUGAUUAUGGUGUAGGAAAAAGUUCUUUGUUUCGACGUUUUACCAAUAAUACAUUUGUGACGGAUACUGACCGCAAGUCUACGCUGGGCUUAGAUCAUAUUGACAAAGACUACCGGAUAGAUGACAAGCAAAUAAAGUUACAAUUAUGGGAUACUGGCGGUAUGGAGCGAGUAGCUUCGGUUACCUCAUCCUAUUACAAAUUUGCUGAAGGUGCUAUUUUGGUAUUUGCUUUAGAUAGCGCAGCCUCAUUUCACUCUUUAUCACAGCAUCUCUUGGAUAUUGUAACAUAUGCUGAAAAUGCAAAAAUUUUCAUAUGCGGCAAUAAGUCCGACCUGGAAGGCCGGGAACCAGAAGUCACUGACGCUGAGGUGGAGGCAUUUUGUGAACAGUGUCAUACCCUUAUCAGUGCCACUUACAAGACUUCUUGUAAAACCGGCGAAGGCAUUGACGAAAUGUUUGAAGACAUUUCACGUAUCUUGGUAGAAGCGAAUCGUUCAAAAAUGGACUUGCAAGCCAGUAUGGAACAACAUGGUUUCCAGAUUGUAGCCGGCCAAGUGGAACUAUUAGAUGGUGUCGAUGAGGGCGAGGAAGCCUCUAGUUGUGUUUGCUAGCAAAUGGCCGAACUGGAGUUCGGUUAAACAGCCAGUGCCAAGAAAAUUUAUUAGUAUGCAUAGAAUGUUUAAUUGGUGGAUGAAAUUGGGUGGGUGGGUGUUUCUUAUUUG